ACACUUUCUCCUUUCUCUGCUUUCACCAGAUCGAAGCGAAUAAUCAAACAAACAUAUUAAAAAUAAAAAAUAUUUAUUUUUCACAAAUUCGCUCAAAACUCUCCUCCAGAAACAAUGGCCGUUCAGCGGUUAGACAGAGGCGAUCUAUGGAAGAACAAGGCUCGCGUCUUACAACUCCAGCUCAGGCAGCGCUUCAGGGUGGCCGUUGAUCGCCACCGCCAUUCGGUGUUCGCUGACCGUUACUUCUCCUCCACGGUUCAACGCUGGCUCCGUCGCUUCCGCGACUUCCGCCGUGAUUCUCUCCCUUCUUCCUCCGCUUACUACCGUAAACGAGUGACCAAGGACUGUAACGCGGAGGAGGAUUCGGCUAUUUUUCGAAUGCUUCAAGCUGUAGCUGUUCCUUUGAUUGGAAACGUUUGCCAUGUUUUUAUGAAUGGUCUCAAUCAUGUCCAAGUUUAUGGCCUUGAAAAAUUACACGAUGCCUUACUUAAUAGACCCAAGAACAAGCCCCUUAUAACGGUAAGCAAUCAUGUUGCUUCUGUGGAUGAUCCAUUUGUCAUUGCUUCACUGCUUCCUCCCAGAGUUCUUCUCAAUGCUGAGAACUUGAGAUGGACCCUGUGUGCAUCAGAUCGAUGCUUCAGCAAUCCCGUUACAUCUACAUUCUUUCGUUCUGUAAAGGUGUUGCCUGUGUCUCGAGGUGAUGGGAUUUAUCAGAUGGGCAUGGACAUGGCCAUUUCAAAACUGAAUACUGGUGGAUGGGUUCACAUCUUUCCAGAAGGCAGUCGUUCUCGAGAUGGUGGAAAAACAGUUAGAUCUUCUAAGAGAGGCGUUGGCAGGUUGGUUCUAGAUGCUGACACUACUCCAUUUGUUCUGCCAUUUGUUCACACUGGAAUGCAAGAUGUUAUGCCUAUAGGAGCCAAUUUCCCGAGGAUUGGCAAGACGGUGACGGUUCUAAUUGGAGACCCUAUACAUUUUGAUGACCUGCUCAAUGUCGAAGACACCCCAGAUGCAUCAAGAGGGAAAUUAUAUGAUGCCGUUGCAUCUAGAAUCGGGCACCAACUGCAGAAUCUAAAAGUAAAAGUCGACAAAUUAGCACUUGAGCAAUAUAUCGAAUUAGAAAACCUUAACAAAGAUGGUGCAGAAUGUGCAGCCAAUAUCUUGCACCAGGUAGAUUGGGAUCCAUUCGGCUUAGGAAGCCAUGAAUAUAUGGGAGAUGAACCAUCGGUAGAAAAAAUCCGAGCUCAAACAAAGCGGAAUGAUAUCGGUCCCGAAGAAGCCACUCCGGAUAGGUACCUGAGAACGGGAUUUUCUUGUGAAGGUGGGAUCGGUUCAAGGAUUCGCAGUUAUAUGGAUCCAACUGAAUUAAUGGGAUUCGCGGCGAGAGGUUUGCUGAUGAACCGGAGAUCGAAGGAAAAUUAUUCGAACAUUGGUGACAUACGCCCACUGAAAAUUUGGAGACGGUUUUUCGAAGCUAAUUUGUUACAACAAUGGAAUACAUGUUAAAUUCCAUUGCUGGAACAUGUAAAUAAAAGAUUUGAUGUUUAGUAACUUUGUUAAACAGCAGUUUUGAUCUAUGCUAAUAUAAAUUUCCAGCCAUUUUAUUU